AUGGGUAAAUCCUGGAUUAACCAUCUUCUCGUGCUGUUUGCGUGGAGUUGCAUAUGUGCCCAGCAUAUGGAUGAUGAAUUUCCUUUUCAGUUCACUCAUUCCAUUUACGAUGUUACUAUAUAUGAAAACUCAGCAGCAAAAACCUUUGUUGAAUCCCAAACUAAGAUGGGCAUUUUUAUGACAAAUCAGUCUUGGGAUAUUUUUUACCUGAUAGAAUCUGGGAACCACGAGAAUUUAUUCAAAGCUGAGAACUAUGUUUUGGGUUAUUUCUGUUUCCUGCGUAUAAGGACCAGAGGAGGAAAUUCUGCCACUCUUAACAGGGAAGUUAAAGACCACUAUCUACUGACUAUAAAUGCCUUUGAAAGACAAACUGGCGCUGAAACUCAAACGCAAGUAAAAGUGCAAGUUCUGGACACGAACGACCUCAGACCGCUUUUCUCACCAACGACAUACAGUUUUUUUUUACCUGAAAGCUCAGCCGUCCGAACAAGUAUUGGCAAAGUCUUCGCCUCAGAUGCUGACACAGGCACCAAUGGAGAGUUUUAUUUCACUCUUAAAGACCACACUGACAUGUUCUCCAUUCAUCCUACCAGCGGGGUCAUAACUCUGACAGGCAAGCUGGAUUACUCAAAGGUGGCACUUUAUGAGAUGGAUGUGUUGGCUGUAGACAGAGGCUUGAAGCUCUAUGGGAGCAGCAGCAGCAGCAGUAGCACAGCGAAGCUAAAGCUGCACGUACUGCAGGCCAAUGAACAUGCACCUGUUAUCACAGCUGUCCCCUUAACUCCACUAAACCGAAUCAAAGAUCCCACUUAUGCAUAUGUGACUGUGGAGGACUGUGAUGAAGGGCAAAAUGGUGAGAUUGCUUCUUUGAGCAUCGUCGCUGGAGAUCCACUCCAGCAGUUCGAGACCUUCAGGAGGAGUCCUGGAAGUAAAGAAUACAAAAUUAAAGCCAUCAAGGAUGUAGAAUGGGAGGGUUAUAAUUUUGGGUACAACCUGACCUUGCAGGCCAAGGACAUGGGGAAUCCACCAAAAUUUUCUUCUGCGAUAGUUGUGAGGGUUAGAUCUCCCAACGAAUACGUUGAAAAUAUUACAUUUGAGAAGAGCAUUUACAAAGUUACUAUAAGUGAGUUUUCUCCACCGCACUCCCCUGUUGCAUUGGUCAGAGUCAUACCAAAAUAUCCCAAGAUCAAAUAUCUGAUGCAGUACAAAAUACAACAACACGAGAAUCCAUUUCUUAUUAAUCCAAAUACAGGCCUCAUUACCACUGCAGGUCCUAUAAAAGGAGACCGUGUUAGUCAAUAUGAAUUUGAGGUUGUCACGAGUGACAGGCGAGCAAGGACCAAAGUGGUCGUCAAUGUAAAUGACACAAACAACAAUGCCCCCAAGUUUCAACAGUCUUAUUACGAUGCAAGCAUCGAUGAACACGUGCCCAUAGGGACCAGCAUCCUAACAGUGAGUGCUAGCGACGAAGAUGAUGGAGAAAAUGGUUAUGUCACCUACAGUAUUGUCAAUGUAAACAAACAACCUUUUGUCAUGGAUUAUUUCACCGGCGUCAUAAGCACCGCCAAAGAUUUAGAUUACGAAACAAUGCUAAGUAAAUUCUCUGUACGAGUUCGAGCCUCGGACUGGGGCUUCCCUUUUCGUCGCGAGGCGGAAGCUGUUGUCUCAAUCACACUUACUAACCUAAAUGAUAAUACGCCACAAUUUGAGAAUAUUGAUUGCGACGUCACUGUGCCAAGAUCUCUUGGAGUCGGUGAGCAAAUUAUAGCCGUGUCCGCCAUCGAUGCCGACGAUCUAGGUGUAGUGCGGUACACAAUUGAUGCUGGUAAUAUCAUGAAUCUUUUUGAAUUGGAUUCCAGCUCUGGUGUGCUGACACUUAAAAAGUCAUUGAGGAAUAGCGAAGCAGCAAAACAGUAUUUUCACCGCAUACAAAUAACUGCCAGUGAUGGGGAAAAAUCAAGCACCCCUCUGUUAUUAAAUCUAACUAUUGUAAGUGCUCUUAAACAGGUCCGCUCCAAAUGUUUAGACACUGGUGUAUUGAAAUCCAUGGCAGGUUUGCUGCCUUUUCACUUUAAACAACACAGUCGGGUGGAACCACAUGAUGAAUUCGCAGACAUCCAUUCUGUUAACCGCAACACUCCACGCUUUAUAGAGUCCACUCCAAGUCUGAUACAAAUAAAAGAGGACCUUCCUGUAGGGAGUAGCAUUGCACUCCUCCGAGCUUCAGAUUCAGACUCUGGCUUCAAUGGGAAAUUGCUUUUUGUUAUCUCAGGGGGAGAUUUUGAUAGUUGUUUCACAAUUGAAUCUGACACCGGGUGGCUCAAAGUUUACCAACCGCUUGAUAGAGAAACAAACGACCACUACACGCUCAACAUCACGGUUUAUGACCUCGGCUUACCACAGAAGUCCUCGUCUCACAUGUUAGAAAUUGAUGUUUAUGACGCCAAUGACAACACCCCAGAGUUUUUACAACUUGAGUAUUCGGUAGAUAUAAGUGAAGAUACCGCUGUGGGAACAGAUGUCAUUCAGCUGGAGGCGAAUGAUAAAGAUUUGGGGUUCAACGGAAUGGUUAGAUACUCAUUUAUGACUAAAACAGACAAAUUUGCCAUAAAUGAAGACACAGGGGUGGUAAUGGUUAGCAGUCUGUUAGACAGAGAAACCAACCCAUCAUUUAUUUUAAAGGUAGCCGGGUUUGAUAAUGCAAUCGAUGAGCCUAAAAUGCUAUCGACAGUGUUGUUGCAUAUUAAUUUAGAGGAUGUGAAUGACAAUGCCCCUGCAUGUAUACCUCAAGACUACCACGUAAGAGUGAGAGAAGAUACUCCAGUGGGCACAUUAGUGAUAUGGCUAGAAGCUUAUGAUCCUGACCUUGGCCCGUCCGGACAGGUGAGAUACACUCUAACAGAUGGUGAAGAUGAAAGCUUUCAUGUGAAUAAAGUGACUGGAGCCGUGUACCUCUCUCAGACGCUUGAUUUUGAAACAAGGCAAGUGUAUAAUUUGACAGUAAAGGCCAAAGACAGAGGCAAACCAAACUCACUGUCUUCAUCCUGCUUCAUUCAAGUGGAGGUUGUGGAUGUUAAUGAGAACUUGUACCGUCCUGCCUUUCCAUUCUUUGUGGACCGGGGAGCUCUGAGUGAAGAUGCCCCGGUUGGCUCGUCUGUUAUGAAGGUUAAGGCGCACGAUGAAGACAGCGGUCGGAAUGGAGAUGUGCGUUACUCCAUACGAGACGGUUCUGGCCUUGGAGUGUUCACAAUUGAUGAAGAGAGUGGCAUUAUAAGAACACAAGAGAUCCUGGACCGUGAGACCACCAGUCAUUACUGGCUCACCAUCUACGCUACGGAUCAGGGAAUUGUGCCGCUUUCCUCAUUUGUGGAAGUCUACAUUGAGGUUCAAGAUGUCAAUGAUAACGCUCCGCUGACAUCAGAACCUGUUUAUUUCCCUUCUUUAUCUGAGAACUCCCCCAAAGAUGUCUCCGUUAUCCAGAUCCAGGCAUUUGACCCGGACACUAAUUCAAGUGAUAAUCUCUCAUUUAAAAUAACCAGUGGGAAUCCACAGGGAUUUUUUGCCAUCAACUCCCAGACAGGAUUGGUGACAACAACAUCACGCAAACUGGACAGGGAACAGCAGGCAGAGCAUGUUCUUGAAAUCACUGUCUCAGAUGAUGGCCAUCCACCCAAGUCUACAGUGGUUCAUGUAAUAGUCAACGUAUUGGAUGAAAAUGACAACAGCCCUCAGUUCUUGGAGAAGAUCUUUCAAAUCAAGCUGGUGGAACGGCCAGAGGCUGUUGAACCGGAGCCAGUUUAUCGAAUGAUUGCAUAUGACAGAGAUGAGAGUCCCUCUUCUGAUAUCUCAUACACCUUUGAGGAAAGUGAAAAGCAUGGGACAUUCUUCAUUGAGCCCAAAUCUGGGAUUGUGUUCUCCAAAGGAGCUUUUUCAGCCAGCGAGUAUCAUAUCCUGACGAUUAAAGCGUCAGACAAUGGACAGCCUUCGCAUUCGUCCAUCUGUCGGUUGCACAUUGAGUGGAUUCCAAAGCCUAAGCUGGCUAAACAACCGUUGGCAUUUAAGGAGAUCUCCCUCUCUUUCUCUGUGAUGGAGAGUGAUCCUGUGGCCAAUAUGGUGGGAGUCAUCAGUAUACAGCCUCUUGACUCUCCAGUAUGGUUUACAAUCAAAGGAGACACACUUGCUAAAGAGAUGUUUCACAUUCUGCAGAUGGCUUGUGACCUGAACUGUUCAGCAGGUGAAACUUCUGACAACCGGUUUGACGCUGAGAUGGCAAGUGGCACUAUCAUCAUUGCUGGUGCUCUGGAUGCUGAACAGCAGUCGAAUUACAACCUCACCGUUGAAGCAACAGAUGGGACAAGAUCCAUCAGCACUCAGGUCAUAAUUCACGUUAUUAACGUAAAUGAACAUCGACCUCAGUUUGGUCAAAACCAAUAUGAGAUCACAGUUCCAGAGGAAAUCCGACCUGGGAUGAAGAUACUGGAAAUAGAUGCAACAGACAAAGACGAGAAGAAUAAAUUAUAUCACACACUGUUAAGCAGAACAGAAACCUUUGCCCUAAAGAAGUUUCGUCUUGACCCCGAGACAGGAUUUUUGUACACUGCUGAAAAGCUGGACCAUGAAACCAUGCACAAACAUGUCCUCACUGUUAUGGUUAGGGAUCAAGGCUUCCCUGUGAAAAGCAAUGUUGUGAGAGUGAUUAUCAAUGUUGAGGACAAUAAUGACAAUGCACCGUGGUUCAUCAGCCCCCAGUACACAGCUCGUGUGUUGGAGACAGCUGCGAUUGCUUCAUCUGUGUUACAAGUCACGGCUUUAGACAAAGACAAAGGGAUGAAUGCUGAAAUAUUCUACAGUAUAGAUUCAGGAAAUCGUGGAAACUCCUUCAUCAUCGAUCAGUCAUCAGGCAUUAUAACAGUUGCAAGGGAACUUGAUCGUGAAUACAGAGACCAGUAUGUGUUGCUAAUAAAAGCGACAGAUAGAGGAGAACCUCCCCUCAGUGUGCUUACAUCUGUGCACAUCACAGUCACCAUCUCUGAUAAUGCAAAGCCAAAGUUUCCCCUAAAUUCAAUAUCAGCUGAGGUCAGUGAAUCUGACCCGCAUGGCAGUUUUGUCACUUUAGUCUCAGCUUUCAGUCAAUCGUCCGUAUUUUACCAAAUCACAGAAGGAAACGUGAAACAUGCAUUCAACAUCAAUCCAAACUCUGGCGCUAUUGUGACACGAAAAAAUCUGGACUUUGAAACCCUUCCGUCAUAUACCCUGAUUGUACAAGGUACAGACAUGGCUGGAAUGUCAAGCAGUGUCACAGUAAACAUUCUUCUAAAAGAUGAAAACGACAACGCUCCUGUUUUUACUCAACCUGAGUUUACUGGCUAUAUUAGUGAAUCAGCCACCGUUGGCAGUGUGGUUUUAACCUCUCAGAAUGUUCCGCUAGUUGUUCUUGCAACAGAUGCAGAUGAGCACAUGAAUGCCAGACUCGUCUAUGAGAUUAUAGAGCCAUUCGCUCAUAAUUAUUUUUCAAUCGAUUCUGGGACCGGAGCUAUCACAAGUCUCAGCAGUCUGGAUUAUGAACAGAGAAAAGUGUUCAACUUCAGAGUACAGGUGCAUGACACCGGGGAACCACGGUUAUUUGCGCAAAGCACAGCUAACGUGACGAUCUAUGUCAUUAAUAUAAACGAUUGUGCUCCAAAAUUCACUCAGGAUUUGUAUGAGAUGACACUUCUCCUUCCUACCUACAAAGGUGUUAAAGUUAUGACAUUAAACGCUGUAGAUGAGGACUCCUUGCCAGGCACCAAACUGCGUUUUGCACUUGUAGAUGGUAACAUCGGAAACAAGUUCCUCCUUGAACCAAUUUCAGGUGAUAUUUUUGUGCAAAAUGCUACACGGUUGCGUAGCAGAUACAGGCUGAUGGUCCGAGUCUCCGAUGGAAGACAUACUGGCUCUGCAACUGUGAAAAUCACAAUAAAAGAUGACAAAGAUAAACAUCUGAGGUUCUCACAGGAAAUGUUUACUGCCUACGUGCAAGAAACCUCAACGGAGAGGAAAACUCUGGCAAUCCUCUCGGUAGUUGGACACAGAAUCAACGAGCCACUGUUUUAUUCAAUUCUCAACCCCAACGGCAGGUUUGAAAUAGGACGCACAUCCGGAGUGCUCUUCUCCACAGGCGUUCCAUUUGAUCGCGAGGAGCAGGAUUUGUUUGACGUCUUUGUGGAAGUCACAAAGGAGUCAAGGUUGAAUGGAAACGCUCGGGUUCUUGUGAGAGUGCAUGUCGAGGAUGUAAACGAUAAUGCUCCUGUCUUUGUCGACCAGCCGUACAUCGUUGUUGUUCAGAUUGGCCAAACUGUCGGUUCUGUGUUCAGGAAGGUGACCGCUGUUGACAGAGAUAUUGGAAGAAAUGCAGAGGUUACAUAUUAUUUGAAAGAAAAUUAUGAAUAUUUUCAUGUUAGCUCCUCUGGAGAUAUAUCUCUCGGGAGACCUCUUGAACUAGACAGUCUUGGAAAGUUUGUUCUCAACAUCACCGCAAAAGACGGAGGUGAUCCACCUCUGUUCUCAGAAGCAGAGGUCUUCAUUUCAGUGGUGUGCAAAGCAGUGCCUGUGUUCGAAAGACCUUUUUAUAAGGUUGAAAUCCCAGAGAAUGUGCAAAUACAUACGUCUAUACUUCAGGUCGUGACCAAUGAGUCUGCAGGACCUUGUGCAGUCUACAGUAUCUCCGGGGGAGACCCAUUCCAUCAAUUCUCCAUUAGCUUUAAUUCAGGACUUAUCGAAGUCAUCCAAUUGUUGGAUUAUGAGACUCAUCCUGCAUAUCGAUUGAACAUCCAGGCAACAGACUGUCUAACCGGAACUCACUCUGACGUUUUUGUAGAUAUCAUUUUGCAGGACGUCAACGACAACAAGCCCAGAUUUGAAGCUGCUAUGUACAACAUCAGCAUCUCUGAAUCUGUUGUUAUUGGAUCCUCUGUGUUACAAGUGAUGGCUAUAGACUCUGACACAGAAAGUAAUGCAGAGUUGUUUUAUCAGUUGUAUGAAAAAGAGGGAAACCUUUCCGAUCAUUUCAGAAUAGAUGGCGAGAGUGGAGUCCUUUGGACGACUGGGCUGUUGGACUACGAAACCCAAUCGGAGCAUGAACUGAUAGUAAAAGCUGUUGACCGUGGAAUGUUUCAGCUUUCUUCUGAGGUCCGAGUGUUCAUAUAUGUGACUGAUAUUAAUGACAACCCACCUGUGUUUUCCCAACAGCUUUAUAAUGCCACCAUACACACGAUUUCCCAACCAGGGCAGUUUGUGAUGUGUGUUAGGGCAUUUGAUGUCGAUAGCCCCGCUGUCGGUCUACUUGAAUACUCUGUUUUGUCUGGAAACAACAAGAAAAAUUUUAACAUCGAUGCGACGACUGGAGAAAUUGUGAUGGCAAGCAUUAGCCGACAGUCUCUUGAGUCUGUCUAUAGCCUAAUUGUGUCUGUGACUGAUGGUGUUUUUAGAGUAACCGCUGAAGCUAAAAUCAAUAUAAUGGGUGACAAUAACCACAACCCAUUAUUUACCCAGAAAGAGUAUCUCAUAGAGCUCAAAGAGGACUCUCCAGUUGGCUCGUUGGUCUUAAAAGUCGAAGCCUUUGACAAAGAUGCAGGAAUAUAUGGUCAAUUGACAUUCUUGAUUGUGAAUGAUAUUGCCAGGGAAAAAUUUACAGUCAAUGAUGAUGGGCAGAUUCACACACUAGAGAGCUUAGACCGAGAAAAGCCAGGAGAGAGAACGAUGAACAUCAGUUUAAUGGCUAAAGAUGGUGGUGGAAGAUUAGGGUUUUGCACCGUUGUUGUAAUUCUCUCUGACGUGAAUGACAUUACACCCAAGUUCAUGCUUUUGGAAUAUAAAAGUUCUGUGCCAGGAGAUGCUCUCAGAGGAACAACCGUGAUCAAAAUUUCUGCAGUAGAUGAAGACGAGGGACGUAAUGCUGACAUUACUUAUAUUAUUGACUCGGAUAUAGACCUCUUUGAAAUCCACCCUUUUAGUGGUGUCAUUGUCACAAAGAAAAGUCUAAUUGGUCUGGAAAAUAGCCUGUAUUCAUUCUUUGUUAAAGCUAAAGAUUCUGGAAGCCCACCAAAGCAAUCUGUUACUCCUGUUUCAGUUAGAAUACUUCCCCCUGAAACGUCAAGGCCAAAGUUUAUCGAACCAUUUCGCCGUCUUGAACUUUCAGAAGAUGUACUUUUUGGAACUGAGAUUGAUAUCUUCCGUGCCAAGGAUGAGCAGUCUGUUAUAUAUAGCCUUGUCAGAGGAAGCACCCUAGAGAGUAACCGAGAUGAUGUCUUUACCAUUGACAGCAACACCGGAAGACUAACACUCGCAAAGAAACUUGACUAUGAAGCUACAAAAUGGUAUCAACUCUCUGUGCAGGUCCAAGACGUUGAGGUGGGUAUGGAAUUAGUCUCAACUAUAGAUGUGACUAUCCAUCUUAAAGAUGUCAAUGACAACAUCCCACAGUUCGAGUCCUUCCCCUACCGGUCUUACAUUGUUGAAAAUCUACCAGGAGGGACAUCUAUUGUGCAACUCAAAGCCUCAGAUUUGGAUUCCGGGCUGAACGGUCAGGUCACAUAUAGUCUGCAUGAAAACCAGGAUAGUCCUGAAGUCCUGGACAUGUUUGCAUUGGACAGUGAGAGGGGCUGGAUAACCACCCUUAAAGAGUUGGAUAGGGAAAAGAGAAACGAAUACCUGAUCACAGUAGUGGCCGUAGACAGUGCCCAGGGCCACCGGUUGACAGGCACUACUGUUGUGGAAGUGACAGUUGUGGACACCAAUGACAACCCACCAGUAUUUACUAAAGCUGUAUUUAAAGGCACUGUGAGGGAAGAUCAAUCCGUUCCAGGCACAGUUGUCUCUAUUCUCAGCUCGACUGAUGCCGACAGUGAGGAGGUCAACAGAAGGUUCAACUGCUUUAUCACAGGUGGCGACUCACAGGGCCUGUUUGAUGUGAAGUAUACAGAUGGUGUUUGGGCCGUAGCUGUCACGAAGACCCCAGACAGGGAGGAGAAAGAUUUCUAUCUUUUAAACAUCACGGCCACCGAUGGAACCUUUGUGACGAAGGCUGCUGUAGAAAUCACUGUGCUCGAUGCAAAUGACAACAGCCCUGUUUGUGAAAGGGAUGUGUAUGUUCAGACUGUUCCUGAAGAUGUGACUCAUGGAACACAGAUUCUUCAAGUCUCAGCCACAGACGCAGAUAUUAAGUCAAAUGCAAAAAUCACAUAUCAGCUGAGAGGCAGUGGAGCCGAAUCAUUCACAAUCGAUUCCAAAACAGGUGUCGUAAGAACACUGGCGAACCUUGACAGGGAGACGACAGAUGUGUACAACCUAACUGUGCGUGCAGUGGACGGAGGCGGUCGCUUCUGCCAGGCUGCUGUGGUCGUUACUGUGGAUGAUGUUAAUGACAAUGCCCCCAAAUUCACCUCCGACCCACAUCACGUGAGCCUUUUUGAGAAUACACAACCUGGGACCUACGUGUCACGACCACAGGCCUUUGAUGCAGAUAACGGAAUGAACAGUAUAGUACACUACUCUUUUGAGGACUCCGCCGGCGGUCUGUUUUCUAUUGAGGAGAGUUCAGGGAUUGUCAGUUUAGAAGGGACUCUGGACAGACAGAAGAAGGAGGUAUACGUGCUGAGGGUACGUGCCACAGACAGGGGCUCUCCCCAUAGACUCUCCUCUCUCACCUCUGUAGUAGUGACCAUAUUGGACGCUAAUGACUAUCCACUGGCGUUCGAGCACAGGACUUACAUUUCCACCGUCCCUGAGGAUGUCUCGAUAGGGACUAAGCUUCUUAAUGUCUUUGCUGCAAGCAGAGAUGGAGUAAUUACAUCUCAAGCUACCUAUUCGAUCACCAGCGGCGACGAGAAAGGAGCUUUCAGCAUUAACUCACAGACAGGUGACAUCUUUGUGAUGGCGCCACUGGAUUUCGAGGUUUCUCCACAGCACUACCUGACAGUGAAGGCUGUUGCCGGAGGAAAACAAUCCUUUAGUGACACGGCUACUGUUACUGUCCACCUCCUGGACGUCAAUGACAACAGUCCUGAGUUCAGCCAGAACAUCUACUCAGUUGCUGUCAGUGAGGACGCUGGGCCAGACAGCACUGUACUGACGGUACUAGCAAAUGAUUUGGAUGGACCAUUAAACAACCGUAUCCACUACUCCAUUAAAGACAACAACCAGAUGUGUCCAUUCAUCAUAGAUGCAGACAGUGGAGAACUGAGAGUGGCCCAACCGCUGGACAGAGAAAAGGUAGCGAGUUACACGCUGACCGUGCUGGCUUCUGACAAUGGAAAUCCCCCUAAAUCCAGCAGCGCUACAAUAAACAUAAUCAUAUCUGAUGUGAAUGAUAAUCCCCCUGUCUUCUCUCAGACUAACUACAGUCUCAUCAUCCAGGAGAAUGUUCCUGCAGGGGUCAGUGUGCUACUGCUCAAUGUGACCGACAAUGAUUCCCUUCAAAAUGGACCUCCUUUCUCAUUUAGUAUUGUAAAGGGUGAUGAUAUUAAUCCUUUCAGUAUAGACCAGCAGGGUUUGGUUAAGACCAUUGGACCAGUAAGAGGCCAGUACGCUUUCAAAGUGCAGGUGUCUGACAAUGGAAGGCCCACAUUGAAAUCGGUCGCAUCUGUCAAUGUGCUUGUAGUUCAAGCGAGUGUGUAUCCACCAUCUGUACGGUCUCUGGAUGUUUUCAUCGUGGUCCAGGAAGACGAAUACUCGGGAGGCAUGCUGGGAAGGGUCCAUGCAACAGAUGAAGAUGAAUACGACACUCUCACAUUCAGUCUGGAGUCAAACAGCUUGUUCUAUGUGGUUGCCACGGAUGGCAGAUUGUUUGCCCGUGGAGGCCUAGAUGUGGGUCAUUACCGACUCAAUGUCUCCGUCAGCGAUGGCCGUUUCACAGUUUCGGCCAACGUCACAGUGCACGUCCAGCGAGUCACACAGCAGAUGCUGGAUGGCCUGGUUUCUGUGCGCUUUGCUGGCGUAGCUGCUGAGAUUUUCAUCCAGGAUCACUGGAGUAACUUCCAGAGGGCGGUCCCCGGCCUCACGGGAUUCCACCGGGCCGAUGUGCAGUUAAUCAGUCUGCAGCCUGCAGAAAUGAGCGAGGACCUGGAUGUUCUUCUGUUCUUUGAGAGAUCGAGAAGAUCUGGUGCCAGCUUCCUGGAAGCAGUUGUUCAGAAGCUUAACUCUUCCAGGGAAGGGAUAAGAAAGAUGACGGGACUGAAUCUGGUGAGGGUUUUGAACAGCCGGUGCUUGAGCCCGGAGUGCCGGGGUGGCACGUGUAAGUGGGUGGAUCUACUCAAUCAGACCAGCAUGGCUACAUAUAGCACUGCUAUUGUGAGCUAUGUCACACCCAGACAUCAUGUCAUGGCUGAAUGUCUGUGCACAGAUAAAACGUGCAUAAAGCAUAAAACUAGCUGUUUCAAUAAUCCCUGUCCGAAGGGCUUUGAAUGUGUAUCUGUUGAGGGAGGAGAUGAGCACAGCUGUAUAUGCACAGGUGAUGCUAAAGGCAAAUGCUCAGGAGGAUCUACAAUGACAUUUACUGAGACCAGCUACAUUAGUUAUCGCCUGAGAGAAAACUCUAGAGAACUUAAACUCAAACUUAAGUUAAAAACUCUCUCAAGAGAAGGAACAGUCAUGGUUGCCAGAGGAAGAGGCCAUAGCAUUCUACAGAUAUUAGGAGGUAGACUGCAGUUCCGGUUUGACUGCGGCUGGGGUCUCACUACAGUUUCUGUACACAGUAUACUUGUGAAUGAUGGGCAGUGGCACCUAGCAGAACUCGAGGUGAAGGGUAACUAUGCCAGACUGAUUCUGGAUCGGCUUCAUUCUGCAUCAGGCACCGCUCCCGGGCCCCUGCACUGCUCCAACCUGGGCAACCAGGUGGUCCUGGGUGGGCACGCUGAUGUUCUCAGGGCCAGGCUCAAGCGCAGUCUGCCUCUAUCAGACGGUCUGCAGGGCUGCAUGGACUCUGUGGAGUUUAACGGACAAAGACUGUCUUUGGACUCCGAUGGUCCAUUAGGGGCUUCCAUAGAGAACAUGGUGGGGGUGUUUCCUGGCUGUGUCUUCUCAUCCCCAGACUGCUCCAGUAAUCCUUGCCUCAAUGGAGGGAGCUGCUUGAAGAGACAGGGCGGAGGUUGCUUCUGUAAAUGCAACACUUUAUUCUCUGGGACUCAUUCUGAGGUCAAAAUCAGUCCUUGUGACUCCAACCCCUGCCUGUAUGGAGGAACCUGUAUUCAAAAUAACUUGAACUAUAUCUGUGAAUGUCGGGGCGAGUACUCGGGUCAAAGGUGUCAAAUUGGACCAUACUGCAAAGAGAACCCGUGUCAGAAUGGUGGACUAUGUAUUGACAGUCUUGAUGGACCAGUUUGUGAGUGUGAGCCGGGAUUUAAGGGAGAAAGAUGCACGGUUGAUGUCGAUGAGUGUCUGGACAACCCUUGCUUAAACAAUGGCCGUUGUGUCAACACGCUCGGCUCCUUUAACUGCUCCUGUUUACCAGGAUUUAGUGGAAGACUGUGUGCGAUCGACACAGAGGACAGGAACCGCAUCGUGUCUUCAUCCUGGAAUUUACGGCUCGCAGAGCUGAUUGGAACGCUGGCGUUCCUGACAGCCAUUUUUGCUUUGGCACUGCUCUUAUUGUUAGCUUUGAUAGGCUCUUGCAAACCUGUGAAAAAAGAGCAAUGUCAUGACAGAUACAGAGCCGAUGAUUCUUAUAUUCAGACGUCCAAUGUUUACAAUCAAGCUCGACAAGGCUCCUCUGUGGAUACCCCACCGCAGGUUCCCGUGCGACCCAUCUCCUACACGCCCAGCGGUCCUGGAGAGGUCAGAAACAAAAGAGAGUUUAGCAGCUUGUCAGAUCCGCUCUUUGGUCUUAAGAAGACUGUAGCUGUGUGCAGUGUAGUUCCUAACAUACCACACCACAAAGCUUCUCACCUUCACUCACAAAAUGACUACGGACAUCAAACAGAUUGGGAUGAGGAAUAUGAUGGUAGAAGAGGGAUGCGGUCUGUGUCGUCCCUCCAAUCAGAUGUCACGGAUGACAACAACUAUCACUGGGACACCUCAGAUUGGAUGCAGAAUGUUUACAGUCCUGGGAGCCAAGCUCUUGUCCAGUGUGAAUUUGGGCAGAUGUCCUCCAUGCACACCACUCCAGGCAUUCUAGACACAGACUACUUUCCUAGAGACGAUGACAUUGGGAACUUUCUACCCACUUCAGAUCUGCCUUCCGAUACUGAAAUGCCUGCUCCAGGGUACUAUGACCAGCAUACCAGACCAGAACUGUACCACACCAGCCACCCAACAGCAAUGUCAAACUCCACAUCCUUCAGUCAACAUCAUAGCCAUGACUAAGUGCAACCCAAUGAAGCAGCUGUUGGAAUGCCUCACAGCCCAUGUUAGGACCUGUUCAAUUUCCGGCAGACACUUCUAAUUGAUAACCCGCAAGCAGGGUCGUGACGUUGCAUUGUCAGAUCAUUGUGAAUUAUCAUUUAAAACUGCCUUUUAAGGCCUCUUCAUCUCUUCUGAGUGAGAAGUAUUCCAAACAUUGAAAAAAAACACAUUUUUAAUGAGGCAUUACUUAGUACACCUUUUAGAAUUGUUAUACAUCAUUUCUCACCAUGUGAACAUGAAUGUGAACAAAUGUCAUUGAC